GAAAAUCUGGAGAAAUGUGUGUUGGAUAGACAGACUUGUGCUGCAGUUGAGAAUAUGGACACUAUAGAGAGCUGCUGUUUCAUGUGCUAAAAUAUGACUAGCAAUAUUCCAGUCUCUGCGUGCUAAUUCACUUAUUCCUCACGACAGACUCAUGAGAUGAACAUUUUGUUUCUUGAAAAAUAUUCUCCUGGGCCAGGGAGAUGUCUGAAUGGACAAGAGCAUACACAGAAGACCUGAGUUCAGUUUCCUUCUUAGGAACUCACAGCUUCUUGCCACUCUAGCUCCAGGAGAUCUGAUGCCCUCUUCUGGCCUCUAUGGGCACUGCACUCAAGGGCAGGCUUUAGAACCGGGGAAACUAAAGAUAAAAACCAAAAUAAGAGCUUUCUGAUGCAGCCUGUGGAAUAUGCAGCAGAGGCUCAGGUUCCUGCUUUGCAGAAGAAACUGCCAGAUAUUCUAUAGGACACAGAGAGAAGCAACUAAGAAACUCUAGGCCUAUAGGCUGAAGAAAGAUGCCCAACAUUUCAGAGGAACUUUGAAUGACUAUACAGGCAAGCAGCUGUCUCUGUCAUUUCCAGAAUUUUUAGAAGUUGCUUAAAAUGGUACUUCCUAUUUACUUAGGUGAUAUUCUCACACCUUGGCUCACAGACCAUCAGAGCUGUCCAGAUAUUAAAGGACCUUUCAUUGCUGGAGCUCCAAAGAAGAUCAGGAGCACCAUUCGCAGACAUAACAAUGCCACUCUUCUGACCCAAGAGCAGUUCCAACUUUUAAGCUCUCUGGAGAAUAUUUACAUCAAUAAUAACAUUCCCUGGAAAUCUUACCUUGAACUGAAGACCUAUCAGAUAAAAGCAGAAGUCCUGCUAAAUCAAGGCCUCACAGAGGAAGCACUUGUGAUGUAUCACAAAUUUUCAACACUCUUUAUGGAGAAACUCAGAAAAGGCCCGAAUAAGUGUCUUUCAGCUCGAAUAAGAUCCAAAAUCAACAAGACUAUAAAUAACAUUUUUGAAAAAUUUGAGAGCCUUAAAUUCACACUCCGAAGAAAUCAUACUAAGGAGUAUGAAGGCUACCUAGAUAAGAUGAAAAGAAAAGAGGAAGAGGCAAAAAACAAGGGGUUCGGGAAGCAUAGAAAAUAUCAUAGACGAAACUCCCGAGACUUCCCCAAAUUCAACUCUCUUCUACAAAGACUUAUGAGUCGUGGAAAGGUGGGCCCCAGCCUGACACCAACAUCUACAAAGUCUGAAGAGCCUUCAGGAGGAAGCACACCUGUGAAACAAACAGUGGUGUGUGGCCCACAGGAAGCCAUCGAGGAGAUAACCCCCACCCCUUCAGCAGACACUCCUGGGGAGACUAAGGUGGCGAAAAGCCCAGUUCCGAACUCCAAAGGCCUCCGCCCUGUGAUCCUUCCAAAAGACUUAUGGGAUAGGUUCCUGCUUUCUGCGAAAAACAACACCAAAAAAGGAGUGGAAACAUGCGGAGUCUUAUGUGGUACCCUGGAAAAGGAAGAAUACCACAUCAGUCAUGUUAUAAUCCCUGUGCAGAAGGGAAAGUCUAAUUACUGUUGUAUGGAGAACGAGGAGGAUCUCCUUUUUGUUCAAGAAGAGCUGGGGCUUCUCACCUUAGGUUGGAUUCAUACCCAUCCAACCCAGACAGCCUUCUUGUCGAGUGUGGAUUUACACACUCAUUUUUGUUACCAGAAGAUGCUCCCAGAAUCCAUUGCAGUGGUGUGUGCACCCAAGUAUAAACAAGUCGGAAUUUUUACAUUAACAUCUUAUGGAUUAAAAGUAAUAGAAUUCUGUCCCAAGAGAGGAUUUCAUUCUCAUAAUCAGGACUCAGCUCUCUUCUGUGACUGCAGUCACGUCACCAUCCAAAACAGCCUGGUGACUGUCACAGAUUUGCGAUGAGUUAAAUCCCACACACCUACAUCAGUGGGAGCCUGUGUGUGUGUGUGUGUGUGUGUGUGUGUGUGUGUGUGUGUGUGUGUAUUGUGCGUGUGUAUUUUGUUUAUAUGUGAGUGAAUGUAGGAUGGUGUAUGUGUAUAUGUAUAUGUGUUCAAUCUAUGUUGUGUAUGUUACAUCUGUUUCAUGUAUGUUACAUCUUUGUCAUGUAUGUUCACUGGUGUGUAUGAAUGGCACACUAUACUCAUUCACAGAGCCCAGAGGAAGACACUGAUGUGUGCUCUAUUAAUGAAUUAGAAUAGUAUAUCAGUCAUUCAUAAUGACUAGAAAUUGAUUUUAUUAUAUAGUUUACUUGUUAUUAGUUUUAGAUGAUAUUUUCUGGCCAGGAUCCAGUAUAGGAGUAAGGGCCCAAUGCACGCACUUGCUGGCUUGCCUCACCUGCCUCAGGGAGCCUAGAGGACAGGUUGUAAUGCCAACGCUCACUGUCCUGAAGACAGUCCUCCUGAGUGACCACUCUGGCUACAACACAACUCUAAAGGAUGUUUGGCCAAGAGAGAGAAGUCUACUUACCUAAAAAGCUUGUUUUGAAGUAUGUAAAGUUCCCUAGCUGUGAUGAACUCACCACUGAAGCUAAUGCUUACAGCAAACUGCAAAUAAAAAUGCUGUCCUGCACAAGGGAUGCUGAGACAAAUUCACUGCCAGUGACAGUCUGGCCAAAGCAGCUCACAUGAACUGUGCUCGGGCGCACACUCUCUGCUCACAUUGGCCCUGUCUAGAAAUUUCCCAUAAAUUUCACAGAAACUUGUAUUUUCUUUAUAUAAGUGUGUUUUGAAACAGAUUUGUAGUUUCUUAAAAAUUCUAUUUAGUUCUGUAAUUAAAGUUGAGUUUCGUGUCAA